AUGUCGUAUUACGAAAAAGAGCAAAGACAUCUUCUAGAACUCUGGAACGAACUCGAAGAAGAAGUGGUAGGCGGUUCCGAUGAUGAAGAACUGAGGGAACAAAACAUCAAGUCUGGUUUGUGUUUUAUCGGUAAAGAUAAAAACACUUUGUGGAGUAAGGUACCAGUAGUUUUAUCAAAAACUAAAACCAAAGGAAAAAAUGUUGUUACUCAAGCCGCCGGAGUUACUACGAUCGCCAAAAAUGCAAAUACAGUUCUAGACUCUUGGAAAUUAUAUUUUCCGGAUUCUAUUCUGGAAAAAAUAGUUGAAUGCACUAACCGAUAUAUUGCGAAAAUGAGACCUCGUUACAGCAGAGCACGUGAUGCAGCAGAUACCGAUGUGGUUGAGAUCAAGGCCGUUUUGGGUCUCUUGUAUUUGGCAGGGGUUCAGCGAUCAUCCCACAUAAAUUUGAGAGACUUAUGGAUGCAAGACGGUACAGGGGUAGAAUAUUUUCGACUUACUAUGGGACUCAAUCGUUUCCAGUUCAUAUUACGGGCUUUACGAUUCGAUAAUGUGAAUGAUAGAGAAUUUCGGAAGCAAUUUGAUAAAUUAGCUCCUAUUAGAGAAAUUUUCGAUGUCUUUGUGUACAGGUGCAACACAAAUUACAAUGUUUCUGAAUUGUUAACCAUUGACGAAAUGCUGGAGUCGUUUCGCGGCAGCUGUGCAUUUCGUCAGUACAUUCCAAAUAAGCCUGCGAAAUAUGGGCUGAAAAUUUUAGCAAUGGUUGACGCAAGAUUCUUUUACACACAUAAUUUGAAAGUGUACGUUGGGAAUCAGCCGGAUGGACCUUUCAAAGUGGACAACAGCGCUGCUGCUGUGGUAAAAAAGUUAAUUCAGCCUAUUUCGGGAACUGGGAGAAAUGUGACGUGCGAUAAUUGGUUUACGUCAAUACCUCUGGCGCUCGAGUUACUACAAAAACACAAUUUAACCUUGGUAGGAACACUGCGGAAGAACAAACGUGAAAUUCCUGAAUUUUUUUCCGCAAAAAUCAAGGAACAAAGAAUAAAUACGAGCAUGUUUGGCUUUACUAAGAACAUGACAUUAGCGUCAUAUAAACCCAAACAAAAUAAAAUCGUUCUGUUGCUCUCAACGAUGCAUUCUGCAGAUGAAAUCGAUCAAGAGACGGGCGAUGCUUGCAAACCUGCUAUGUUAACAUUUUACAAUAGCACGAAGGGAGGAGUGGACGUAGUGGGCAAUUAUUCGGUGUCACGAAAAAGCAGCAGGUGCCUCUUACAAUAUUUUUUUCGAUGCUGA